CUAAGAUUCACUUCUCAUUCCCAAAAAUAUAAAUGAAAAAAAACCCCUAAAAAAUGGCGCAAACAAAAAAGCAAAGAACAGAGCCGUCAGGUCUCGUAAACUCGAUGGAGCAAGAAGAGCCAUGUGAAGCCGUCAAAGAAACAGCUUCGAUUAUAGAGCCGCCCAAAACUCCAAACCCUAAUGUCCCAGAUUCGAUUCCAGCCACCAUCGAUUCUGAUUCUUCUCUGUCGGAAGAAGAGAUAAUAACCACACAGAGUGACAUAGGAGUCGAAUCGAUGAAGAUUGAUUCCAGUUCAAUCUCAGAUUUUGUUUUGGUAUCUGAUGAAGAAAUUGUAGAGUCUAUUUACCAGAGUCUGUUGAGAAUCAUUUUCUCGUUGCAGAGUCAAGGUGUAGCUGCUGUUUCUGUUUCUGCUUCUGCUUCUGCUUCUGCUGCUGAGGUUUGGUGUUUUGAUGGUUGCAAGACACCGCCUCCUUCUUCUCGGAGUCUGGAUUCGAAGAUGAUUGAUGAUACUUGUCCUGGAGCUCCUAUGAAGCUCACUAAGAUAUCGAGGAACAUUGAUUCUGGAUUGAGAAGGAAACUGUUCUGAAUCUGACAUGGAGUUUAGACUGACAUGAGUUGUUGUUGUUGUUGUUGUAUGACCUGAGUUGUUAGCUAUAAGGAGCUUUUCAGGGGUUUUUUUCUAAAACUCUUGUGUGGCUCUUGGUUUGACUUUGUUUGUACAGUCUUCUUAGGCUUUUUAUUAUGUGUAUUGCUAAUGCUAGCUAGGCUAGUUGAUGUUGGAGAUAUUCGGAGUUUCUUCUGUUUUUUUAGAUUUAAAAUAAAAACCAAUCCUUUUUCUUUCUUUCUUGUCUGUAAUUUGUGUUCAUGUUUCCUGCAACUUAUGAGCGGUGAGGAAUCUUUAAUAAAGUUUUUAUCUUUC